AUGUUACGAACAGAGAGGAGACAGAGUCGAAAGCGAAAAAGUAGACGACGGGACUCGAACUCGCGGACCCGAGAGCCAAAGGCCCGUGCUCUAACCACUGAGCUAACGUUUACUAUGCUUUCGAAGCGCCUGCAUCGCAGUAUGACUCAGCUGCUCGUCUCUUAUUGCUGACUCGUCUCGCUGCUCGCGUUGCAGACGUGUGCGACUGUGGCAGUUAUAAUUGAGCUGGAAGCAGGAGCGCAAGAUUUUUAGUAAACUAGUUUUCGUUCGCUCCUAUGCUUUGACGGUUCAGAAAUGGAUAAUUUUACGAAAGUUCAGGAUUUUGAAAAUCACGCGCUCAGUAUUUUGAAACCCAGUACCAGGGAUUAUUACGCGUACGGUGCGGGUGAAGGAAUCACGUUGAAACAGAACAGAGAAGCAUUUAAAAGGCUCCGCAUACGACCUCGAGUAUUGAGAAAUGUGUCGAAGCGAGAUAUCAGCACUACUAUACUCGGUGAGAAAAUAUCGAUGCCAGUAGGUGUAUCUCCGACAGCUAAACAAAAACUAGCCCAUCCAGAUGGAGAAUCUGCCAAUGCCAGAGCUGCUGAAGCUGCGAAUACGAUAUUCAUUCUCUCCACCUAUUCGAAUACUACUAUCCAAGACGUGGGAAAGGCUGCUCCAAACGCGGUAAAAUGGUUUCAGACGACAGUUUUAAAAGAUCGCGAUUGCAUACUUCAUUGUAUCCGAAGAGCAGAACAAGCAGGCUUCAAGGCGAUUGUGAUGACGGUUGACAAUCCUAUAAUUUUAAAAUCUAAAAUCAGUAAAUCAAAUAAUGCUUCGUCAGAUGUGAGAAACGCUGUUUACGAAGACUACUUUCUUACCAAAACAUCAGGAAAAGGUUUGGAUAACUUUGAUCAGUGUGUAAGGCAAAGCAUCGACGACUCCUUGACUUGGGAAGCUGUGGGAUGGAUAAAAAGCGUUACACAUUUGCCGAUAGUCUUGAAAGGUAUUUUGACAGCAGAAGACGCCGUUUUGGCAGCGAAUCACGGAGCGAGUGCCAUCAUAGUUUCUAAUCAUGGUGCUCGACAAUUAGAUGGAUCACCUGCAACGAUAGAAGCUCUUCCUGACAUCGUAAAUGCGGUACAAGAUAAACUAGAGGUUUAUUUGGAUGGUGGAAUAAGGCAAGGAACAGACGUCUUCAAAGCUUUAGCCCUAGGAGCUAGAAUGGUAUUUAUUGGCAGACCGAUGUUGUGGGGUUUGGCCUGUGGAGGUGAAGAAGGUGUUCGAGCUGUUCUUGAAACCAUGCGUCGAGAAGUCUCUGAAACUUUUGCCCUAACUGGUUGUUCAAACGUACAGCAAGUCGGAAAAGAUUCAGUAGUUCACGAGUCGUAUUACAGUUACAGUCAUUUAUGAUCGAAUGCAUUUAGUGAAUGAAUAAAGUUUUUUUAUAAAAAUAUUUGAUAAGCAUUAUCUUUCUCGCGUGUCUUAUCUUUGUUUAAAUAUUUAAUCCCACUCGUUAAUUUAUUGAUUCGAUUAAAAUGUUAUCAGUUUGACUUAUUGCUAUGAACGAUUAAAAUCUUGGUUAAUUUCCAAAAUACUUUCCUACCGUAGCACAUUUCAUGCAUCGUUUUGUGUAUUUAAAUCGCGGUCGCAUAUAAAUAAGUAAAUCCAAACAUGAAUAAUUUAACCAGAGUGCACGAUUUUGAAAAACGCGCGUUUAAUAUUUUAUCGCCAAGUGCAAGUAAUUAUUACUCGAAAGGAGCAGGUGAUGGAUUUACUUUGAAUCUGAACAAGGAAGCAUUUAAAAGAAUUCGUAUAUACGACCUCGGGUGUUGAGAAAUAUAUCUAAAAUCGAUACAAGUGUCACCAUACUAGGAGAAGAAAUAUCAAUGCCACUGGGUGUAUCUCCAACCGGACAGCAAACGUUAGCACAUCCCGAUGGAGAAUGUGCAAAUGCCAAAGCCGUUGAAGCUGCAAAAACUAUUUUCAUACUUUCAAGUUUUUCUGAUACCAGUAUUGAAGACGUUGCAAGAGCUACACCGCAAGCAAUGAAGUGGCUCCAAAUGUCAGUGCAGAAAGAUCGGGAUUGUACUCUACAUUGCAUAAGAAAAGCAGAGAAAGCGGGAUUCAAAGCGAUAGUCAUGACGGUUGAUUAUCCUAUAAUUCCUAAAUACAAAGUUGACAACUCCAGAGCUGCUGCAAAACAGAAGAAUGCAAUUUUUGGCGAUUAUAUACGCUUUAAAAAUUUUGAUGAAAAUUUGGACGAUUUAGAGCAUAUACUGAAACUGAUCGAUGAUUCCUUGACGUGGGAAGUAAUUGACUGGAUAAAAAGGUUGUCUUCAAAAUUUCGUACAACUUUUUGCCGAAAACGAGAUCAAAAACGAAUCCAUAAGUUAUUGUUUGCAGCGUGACAAAACUUCCGAUUAUUCUGAAAGGCAUAAUGACAUCAGAAGACGCUUUAUUAGCAGCGAAACAUGGAGCAAGUGCGAUUCUCGUUUCUAAUCAUGGUGCACGACAACUUGACGGAUUACCUGCGACGAUAGAAGUUCUUCCAGAAAUUGUAAAAGCCGUUGGAAACAAAUUGGAAGUGUAUCUGGAUGGUGGAGUUAGGCAAGGAAUAGAUGUUUUCUAGGCAUUAGCAUUAGGUGCUAGAAUGGUUUUUGUAGGAAGGCCUAUGCUGUGGGGCUUAGCUUGCGGAGGCGAAAAAGGUGCUCGGGCUGUUCUUGAAAUAAUGCGUCAGGAAAUCAUUGAAACUUUGGCUUUGACAGGCUGCCAUAACGUACAACAAGUUACAAAAGAUCUUGUGGUGCACGAGUCCUAUUACAGCCAUCUCUAAUUAUAUAAUUACACUUGCAAAUGUAUACUUUCAAUAAUUCAUCAAUAAACUUGAUCUCAUCACAGA